AUGCAUCCACAGUUAGAUAAAAAUAGAUUCAACACUUGUGAUAAAUUAAUGGAUGCCUUGGAAGAAUGCCAUCGACAAGAAUUUCUUAAACAAUGUUUAGGAAUGUGUAAUUUUGAAAAAGAACAGUUGAUUCAAUGUUUACAUUAUCAAAGAGUUGAAGAUUCUAAAUUGAGAAUAUUAGAAACUAGAGAAAAGAGGAAAAACUGGGAGUUGAAGAAGAAACAAGCCGAAGAGGAAGCAUAUGGUAAGAAUGGAUACUUGAAAAAAGUAUUGGAAAUGGAAGCUGCCUCGAAGAAAUAA